AUGUCACUAGCGAAACUACUCCCUUUUGCGUGGUUCUUCAAGAAAAGUAGAGAGGAUCAUUGUCAGGUGCCCUCUCCUUCGCCAGUCAGUUCAACGUCGGUCUUGACAGUCUCUCGGCCCGCAUUCGACAACCUGCCGUUGAGAAAGGGAGACCCCAAAGGCUCCGCAUGGGGACUUUGGGGAGGGAAUGAUGAACUGGGAACAUUGAAUCUGAUCAGUGAGGAUGUCGUUCGGGCUACCAGGUCAGAAGUCUUCUUAGGCAAAGCGAUCAAUCUGAAGUAUCUCGAGCAGAAAUCUUUACAUGUCCUUCGCGACGCUGACGUCAGAAUUGCUUUGGUUCGCUGUAUGGGUAAUGUCGUAGCCCAUCCCGGUAUCGAAACGCGGCUCUGUGCUGGUGAUCUUUGGCAUGGUAGGCCAGUCAGGAUCUAUCGCUGGUUCUCGGUUCUUCCCAAGGAAGAAGGACCGUUCUACGUCAAGGGGAUGGCCAUCAGUGCUGCUCUCCUGUUCUUUGCUGCGAUCGUUGCCCAGGUGCUGAGAUUCCUGAUGCGGAGGGAGAAUCGACGACGUGACAGACUCCACGGAGUUAUGGACGUGCCGGAUCUGUCUAAUGAUGUACAGAAUUCGGGCGAUGACCAUCCAGAUUUUCGAUCUAUCUUGUAA